AUGCAAAAGAAUGUACGUCUACGUCUGGCUCAGAGUCCAGCUCUUUGGCAAAAAGGCGCGGCAGCUUUAGCAACGGGUGCCUCAACCUUGAUCUCGACGGGCGUGGCAGCUUCAGCUACAGGUGCCUCAGCCUUGUCCUCUACAGGCGCAGCAGCUUUGGCAACGGGUGCCUCAACCUUGGUCUCGACGGGCGUGUUAGCUGCAGCAACAGGUGCCUCAGCCUUGUCCUCUACAGGUGUGGCGGCUUUGGCAACGGGUGCCUCAACCUUGAUCUCGACGGGUGUGGUUGCUUCAGCAACAGGUGCCUCAACCUUCACUUCUGCAGGCGUGGCAGCUGCCGCUACAGUCUCCUCAACAGCCGCUUUUGCCUCGACAGCAUCGUCAGCCUUAGUUUCGCGUUUUUUAUGGUAUCUGUCCAGAUUCUGUGUGCAGGAGCAUGGGCACAUGCAUUGGUCCUUCGGUCCGGCGCCGGCGAGAAUCGAGUGCACACUGAAGCUGUUCGGUAUGGAGGCUGGCUGUACGCCCAACGGGAAAGGAUCAAUACUCUGAUAUUUGUUGGCCGUCUUAAUGGUGUUCUCAUCGCAGUUGGCGUAGUACUCUUGUGGCAGUAUGACCACUGGCAUGAAGGCGAUCACAGCACCCUUGGGUAUCUUGUCGGGUGGAUAG